AUGAUAAAAAAGGGGUCCGAAUCGAAUCGAGCAUUAAGAAAGAAGUUAAACAAUGAUGUCACAAAUAUAUUGUUGCUUUUUGAAAAAGUGCAAGAAUGGGCUGAUUUGAGUAAUAUAUUACAAAAAUUAUAUUUAACAAUAGAAAAGUAUGAAAUUUUUUUAGAUAUAUCAUCAAAAUUUUUAUUAUUUAGAAGAUUAUCACAAUGUUUGAAUCCAAUGUUACCAUCGGGUGUUCAUUCAAAAGCAUUAAUUAUUUAUGGAUCAAUAUUUAAAAAAAUAGAAAAAACAUAUUUUAUAGAUAAUAUUCAUAUAUUAUGUUCCGGAAUUUUUGAAUUUAUGUUACAUUGUACAAUUAGUUUAAAAACAAUUUAUUUUAAAAAUAUAAAAUCUAUUUUAAAUUUAAGAGAAAAUAUUCACAUGUUUACAUAUGCUUUAUUAUUAUCAUUAUUUAAUGUAGUAGAUAGUGAUAAUAAUAUAUUGCUUUAUAUAUAUUCUAUUAAUAAUUAUAUAGGAGAAAAUAUAUUUUUUAAUAAUUUAUGGUUAUUAUUAUUAAGACAUCCAGAAAUAAGAACCAAUGUUUUGAAUUUUUUAGAAACAUCAUUUAGUCCGCAAAUUUAUUUAUUAUCAAAAAAAAGAAUAAAAACACUACUUCCUUAUAAAGAUGAAUUAGUAUUAUCAUCAUUAAUAUUUUCAUUAAAUGAUAAAAAUAUAAUAAACCAGAGAAUUACAUUAUCUUUACUUAUAAACAAUUUUCCUUUAUAUGAUGUACAAAUUGAUUCUAAUUUAUCUCAUAAAUUUAAUACAGUUAGGCUUAACAAAGAAGACCGAAUUAAAAAUAAUAUAACAUCUUAUAAUGAUAAUUUUAGACAAAAUAAUUCAAAUGCUAGAACAAAAGAUGGUAAUCUGAAUGUGAAAAGGAGUCAUACUUAUUCGCAAUCUUUUGAAUCUUUUUCACCAAGGCAUGUUAAUGGUGAUAAUAAUGGUGGUGAUGAUGGUGAUGAUAAUGGAAAUAAUAAUGGCGAUGGUGGCAAGGUUCCAAAACAUAUUUCCUUUGAAAAAGAACAUGUUAACGGAAAAAUAAUUAACGAGAAUUAUAAUAAAAAAAAUUUAAACAAAGAAUGUAAUGAAGAUAAUAAAUCGGAUGUAUCAGAUUGUAUCUUAUUCAAUGAUAUAAGCAAAAAAAUAAUAAUUAGAAAUGUAAUUUUUUUAUUACGAAAAUCAGAUAUAGGACUAAAUAGACGAAUUUAUAAAUAUUUAUAUAUAUACGAAAAUAAUGAUGAUAAACAUUUAAAAGAUAAUAUAAAUUUAGAGAAUUAUAAAAUUUAUUAUGAAACAAUUAUAGAUAUACUUGAAAAUAAAUUUAAUGAUAAUCCAAUAGACAUAUUAGAUGUUUUAUUUAUUUUAUUUAAAAAUAAAGAUUAUAUAAUUAUUAAUAAAUAUAUAAUGGAAAAUAUAUUUAUAUACAUACUAAAAUUUGUGUAUAAAAAUCGGGAUAAUAAUAUUAUAAAUGAAUAUUUUCAUAAAAUAUUAAAUCUAGAAUUAAUAAGUUUUGAAACAAUUACAAAUAUAUUUAUGUAUACUUUUCAUUAUCUAAAAAAUGAUGAAGAAUUAUUUAAUAAUAAUAUAAAUGCAUAUAUAAAAAAAUUUAUUAAUUUAUUAAAUAUUAUGACAUAUUUUCUUGAAUAUAUCCAUGAAAUAAAUAAAAAAUUUUAUUUUUAUUUUAUAUUUAUUUUUGGUACAGCAUUACUAAAAUAUGUUAUUUUUUUAAAUAAUAAAAUAAUUAAUAUGAUUCAAAAUCAUUUAUCUAUAAAUCUAUUUAAUGAUUAUCAUCAGUUUUUAAAUUUUAUUCGUAUAAUUCCUGGAAAAGAUGCUGCAUUGUGUUAUUUUUAUUUUUUUGUAAUUAAAUAUAAUAAUUUUUAUUUAAAAAAAACUAUUUUUAUAAUACUUACUGGUGUUUUAUCUAAAGAACCCAUUUUUCGAGAUAUAACCAAUUUUGAAAAUAAAUUUAGUAAUGAUUCCGUUCAAAAUGAAGACAAAUAUAAUUACCAAUAUAAUAAUGAUAAAACAAAUAAUACAUUUCGAUCAAGUUAUGAACAAAAUAGAAGAGAUGUAGAUAAAAGCUUUAAACAAGAGUUGAGCCAUUCUAUGGGCGGCACACAAAAUUAUGCUGACAAUGCUGGCAAUGCUGGAAAUGCUGGAAAUGCUGGAAAUGGUGAUAGUGAUAGUGAUAGUGAUAGUGGUGAGUGGAAUGAAAAAAUAAAAUGCGUUUUAAAAAAAUAUAUAAACAAAUUAAAACACAAUUUAAUUGAUGCGAUUAUUAAAAAUAAAGACUUUCAUUUUAUUACAAACAAUUGUGAAUAUAUAAUAUUUUUAUUUUUCAAUUAUCAUAUAUUUAUCGAAAGAGAUAAAAUAAAUAAUAGUUGCCAUUUUUUUUUAAUCACCAUUUUAAAAAAUUGUACUCAAGAAAAUACAAAUAAAUUUUAUUUUUGGGCAUAUCUAUUUUUAAAUAUUAUUAGAAUAAACUUUAACAGAAUGAUUUUAUUAAGUUGUAAAGAUAUGGAAACUGAAAAAAAAAGAACAUCUUAUCAAAAUUUGGCACAUCUAAAUAAAGGUGAUAAUACAUCUAUUCCCAAAAGUGGCAAUUUCCAAUCUAAAGAAGGUAAAGAGAAUAAAGAAGAUAAAGAUGGUAAAGAAGAUAAAGAAGAAUAUAAGAAAAGUUAUUCGAGUGGGAAACAUAAUAGAGUGAUUGGAGGAGACACAUCUUUUAAUUAUGAUAAAAAUUAUGAAGAUGAUAAUUUUAUUAUUAACCAAAUUAAAGAAAGCUCUGAAAAUAAUGAAGAAGGAAAUAUAAAUAAAAAUGUGUUAAACAAUAUAGAUGAUUAUAUAUUAUAUGAUUCGAUUGGAAAUUAUGAAAUAAAAAAUAGCUUAGAUAAAUUAAUAAAAUAUAAUGGACAAAUUGAAAGUAGUAGUAUUUAUUUUUCUUCAUUUUGGAAUUAUUUUAGUAAUAUUAAAUCAGGAAUUUUAUUUAAUAAAAAUUUUGUAUCAAAUAUAUUAAUAUAUUCCAAUCAAAUAGUAAAAAAUAUAUUUAAUUAUAUAAAAAUAUUAAAACGUAAUAAAUCUUUUAUUAAAUUGUUUUUUGAUAUAAAUUAUAUGUACAAUUUUUGUCAUAACAAUUAUUGUUUAAAUAUUCUAAUCAAAUCAUUAAAAACAAAAGAUCCAGAUAAAUUAAUGUAUAAUGCUAAAAUUAUUUUAGAAUGUAUUAUAAGCAAUAAAAUAAGUGAUUUCCAUAUUAUUCAUUCGAAUUUUUAUAAUUUAACUCAUAAUUUAUUUAAGCUUUAUCAAAAAAGAAAUAUAUUAAUCAAUUUUUAUAUAGCCAAAUUUUUAAAAAGCAAUAAAAAAAAUAUACCAUAUAUAUUUGAUCACAUUAUUAUAGCCAUGUUUGAAUUGAUUACAUGUAUAGAAAAUUUAUUUGACAAAAAUGAAGUGCCAAAUUCGAAGAUGUCAAUUUGUAGAACCAGAGAUGAGGAUAAUACCCAAAAUGACUCUCGCCCAAAGCAAGCGGCCUGCCAAAACAAGUCAUAUUUUUCCAGCGCAGAAAAAUUGCAAAAAUCGCAAAAAUCGCAAAAAUCACAAAAAUUUCCAAACUUGCCAAACUUGGCAAACUUGCCAAGUAGACACGAUACCCUUUCUGACAACCGCAAAAAUUAUGAACUCCUUUUAAACAAAUUAAAGUGCAGAUUCGAUUAUUUAAAUUUUUUUUUUUGUAAUAUCGAAAAUUUUAUGUUAUGGCUAUACCAACAUAAAAUUAGUAAAAAUAUUUAUAAUUAUCGUGAAAAAAUGAUAUUAAAAAAUUAUGAACAAAAUAUUAACAUAAUUGUGUGUUGUAUAUGUACAGAGGGAAAUAUAAGUUCUUUAUAUUUUCGAAAUUAUUUAGAUGUAUUUUUUAUAUUAUUUUUAAGAAUUCUUUAUCUUAAUGAGCAAAUACAAGAUGUAAACAAUUUAGAUUCUACCAUAAACCAAAAGUCAAAUAAAACCAACGAAUUUUCUGGGAUUAAUUAUUAUUCGGGUACCAAUAGAUUCGAUGUUGGAAAUGGGAAGCAUGGAAAACGUGGCAAAAUGAAUAACAAUGAUGAUGGCAUCCUAUUUAAGCAGAAUAUAUUGCUCGAAUUUAAGAGAGAUGUCAUUGGGCUUAUAAAUAAAAUAUUUAAUUUAAACGAAAGCAAACAUUUUGAAUACAACAAAAUAUUGCACAUAUAUUAUAAAGAAACGAUACAUCAUUUUUUAUUUUUAUUUUAUUAUUUUACAGUUAAAAAAUAUUACAUUUUGCAAAUUCAAUUAAUUCGAUUCAUUAGAUAUGUUUUAUUUAGAUAUGAAAAUAAUGGUGAGAAAUUGGCGAUUUAUGGAUUAUUACCAUCUAUAUUAACAAAUAGAAUUAUAAAUAAAAUAGAUUCUAAAGAUGAUGAUAAAGGAAUAACAAAAAUGAAUGAAAAUAAAAUAUCAACAAAUUAUACAAAUUAUGAAGAAUUUAUUAUAGCUAGUAAUAAUUAUUUUGAUAUAAUUAAUAGAAAUAAUGAAAAAAUAAAAAAUGAUGUUUUUAUUUUUAGUGUUUUAAGGAAAUCUAUGACAAUCAUAUUAAAUAUUAAUGAAAAAAUAAUAUAUAAAGAAGUUUUAAAAAGCAUUAUUUAUUUAAUAGAAAAUAUAAUUACAGAAAGAAGUGUAAAAACAUAUUAUCUAACUGUAUUUUUUUUAGAUUUAUUAUAUAUUAUAAAAAUCGAAAAUAAAAAAAAAAAAAAAAACUUUUUUUUUAUAAAAAAAUUUUGUCAAUUUUUAUUAGAAAUAUUUAAAUUAAUAUAUAAAGAUGAAUUAUUUAGUGAAAAUAAAAAUGACGUUAAACAAGAAUAUAAAUAUGAUUAUAAUAGCAUUUUAAUUGAAGAGAUCGAAAACAGUUUAAUGGAUAAUAAAGUAUCUAUUCAUCCUUUUUGUGCAAUUUUUUCCAUAAAAACAGAUGAUAAAUAUUUAAGUAUGCAACAUUUAAAUAUAUCAACACUUUUUUCUGUUAUUUUUAAUCUUUAUGUUUUUAUUAAAAAGCGACUAAAUUAUUAUUAUAAUAAUGAUAAAGAUCUUAUUAAUUGUGAUGAAAAUAAAAACCUUUCCAUGAAUAAUAAUAGUAGUAUAUACAAUUAUAAUAAUAGUAGUAUAUAUAAUUAUAAUAAUAGUAGUAUAUACAAUGAAAUAAAUAGCGAAAAUAACAAUCCUGAUAACUAUAACAAAAAUUUAAAUAAUAAUAAUAAUAUAUAUGAUCAAGAUGAAAAUAUGGAUAAACCAAAUAAUAAUUCACAUUUUACAACUAAUCAUGAUAUAGAUUCGAGAAAUCUUAAAUCAAAUUUGCAAGAUAAUAAAAUGUAUAAAACUAACGAUAUAGUGAAUGGUGUCAUAAAAGAAAGGGGGGUCCAGCAUAGUCUUACGCAAAGGGGAGAUAUAAACAGUGAUGAGAAUGGUGAAAAUGGUGAUAAAAAUGGUGAAAAUAGUGAAAAUAGCGAUAAAAACGAAUAUGAAAUUAACAAAGAUGGGGAACAGAAACAAGAAUGUACAUAUAAAAGUAUAAAUGGUGAUAAAAAAAUAGACGAAUAUUAUUAUAAAAAUGAAGAAGAAAAUGAAAUACAAACUUAUUAUGAUAAAAAAAAUGCAUCUGACAGUUUGGGAAUCAAUCAGCCACAUCUAUCUGACAACGUAAAUAAAAAUGAAAGCGGAAACGAAAGCGGAAAUGGCAACGAAAAUGGCAACGAAAAUGGCAACGAAAAUAAGAAUGGUUAUAAGAAUGGUUAUAAGAACGGUUAUAAGAACGGUUAUAAGAACGGUUAUAAAUUAUGUGAAAAAAACGUUUUUGAUGACUCUCAAAAUGAUGUUGUUAUUGAAAAUAAUUAUACAGAUAAUAAUUGUUUAAUCAAAUCUGUACAUUAUAAUUCUGGAUGGGAGAAUAAUAAAAUAAUAGGAGAAAAAGAUGGAAAUCGAAAUUGUAAUAAUUUAUAUAAAUAUAAUAAUGGAUAUACUGCAAAUUUAAAAAAAAAAAAUAAAAAACUUUCGUUAUUAAAAAUAUGUUUAACUAACAUUAUUUCCAUUAGUAAGAUUACAUAUUUUAUUACACGAAAUGAAUUUUUAUUUAUAAGCAAUUUAUAUUCACUGUUUAGAAAACACAUUCCCAAUUAUAAAUCGGAUGACGAAGAUGAAGCUGAAGAUGAAAAUGAAAAUGAUGAAGAUGAAGUUGAAGAUGAGGAAGAUGAAGUUGAAAAUGUGUAUGGUGGAAAAAAAUAUAAAACAAGGAAACAGCGUGGAAGCGAAGAAAUUAGUGCUGAUGAGAAUGGAGCAUUGGGUGAAGAUGAUAUUGCAAGAAGAGAUAAAAAUAUGCUAAAAAAGUUAAAAAACAUGAAGAGGUAUGGGAAAAAAGGCAAUAAAAGUGGCAAAAAUUGUCGAAAUGGUCAAAAUUGCCGAAAUGGUCAAAAUUGCCGAAAUGGCUAUAAUUGUUUAAAAAAAAAAAAAAAAAAAAAUAUUUAUAAAAAUAAAAAAUUGUCAUCAUUUUUAUUACUACUAACCGAAUUUAGUGAAGAUAUACUUGUAAAAAUUUUGGAAGACAUUGUAAAUUAUUAUGAAAAAUAUAAAAAUAAAAUAAAUAUUAACACAUUUAUGUAUUUUUUAUUUAAUAUAUAUUUAAAUAUAUGUCAAUUAUCUCAAAAAAUAAUUAAUUUUUUUGUUGACAUAUUAUUUUUGUUAAUAAAAAAAAUAACACUAAAUUCUCAAAAUAUAAUGAGUAGUAUAUGGUUUUUAUAUAUUUUAUUUAUAAUUGAAAAAAAUCAUGGUUAUUUAUUUAAUGAUAAAUUACAAAAAAAAAUAAUUAUUGAACAAAUUAAUAUAGCAAUUCAAAUAUCUUUAUAUAGUUAUUAUGCAAAAAAUAUAAAAAAUAAUUAUAAUAUCCAAUUACCAUUACCUAAUUUUGUAUUUCCAUUCAAUAUAUAUUAUAUUAAAAAUAAUUCAAACCUUGAUAUUAUUAAAUAUUUUAGAAAAAAAAAUGGAACGUCAAAAUUUGUUAAUUUAAAUAAUGAUGAAGAAGAAUAUGAAGAAAUAAACAAAAUAAUUCAUAACUAUAGUUCUAAAUCAAUAGAAAAUCAUUUUAAUAUAAAUGAUUAUUCUGAAAUAGCAGCUAUUAAUUCUUUAUCUUUUUUGUUAAUGUGUUUUUAUCAUGCUGUUAAUGUUAAAAAUGUUGAAGAAACCCAAAAUGAAUUUGAUAGUAAUUUACAUAAAAAUGAAAUUAGUAAUAAAAAUAAUGUAGAUAAUACAAUCGGAAAUAAUAACAAUAAUAGUGGUAAUAAUAAUAGUAUUAUCACUACUACUAAUGUGGGAUCUAUUCCAAAUAACACAGGAGCUAAUAGACAGAUAAAUUUAGGAAAUAACCAUUUAAGCAAUAUUAAUAAUAACUAUUAUAAUACUAAUUUGAUAUCUUCUAACAAUAAUAAUAACAAUUUUGUAGGAAUUGGAAUAAAAAGUUUUAUCACAGAAUCAGCAAUUAAUUUGUUUUAUGAAAAUUUUGGAAAAUAUAUAUCUUUAUUAUAUAAUAAUAAUAUUCAAAAUGUGUUUUAUAGAUAUCCAUUUUUUUUAAUUAUAAAUUUUUUAUUAGAUUAUAAUUAUAAUUGUAGAUAUUAUAUAAAAAAAAUAAUAUCAGAUUUAUAUUAUUGCAUUUCAAAUCUUGAUAUAAGAUGCACUCAAGCCUUAUCAAAUAUUUUUAAAAAAAUAAAUGAACCAAACAUUGAUGAUUUAUUAUUGCCUCCUACUAGUAGUAUAUUUUCUCUUAAAUUUAAUAUAAUAAAUUCUAGGAUAAAUUAUAUAAAUAAAUUAUCUUUAAUUAUUUUAUCUGGAAGUUGGAAUUUUUAUUUGAAUUAUUUACCAAAAAUUGCAGAAAAUAUAUCAGAAUAUCUAAAAUAUUGUACAGAUUUAAAAUUAUAUAGAGAAAUAUUAAUAUUAAUAUGUUCUAUAAUAAUUCGAAAUGAUGAAAAUGAAAUUUAUAUAAUUAUACCUACUUUUAUUUCAUUAAUUUUACAAAUAUAUCAUGUAGAACGGGUCAAAUAUAAAAUAGCUAUCGAAAAAUUUAAAAAUGUAGAUAAAAAUGUAGAUAAAAAUGAUGAUAAUUAUAUUUAUGACUUCAACACUUAUGAUAAUAAUGAUGUAUUAUGUUUAUUAAGAACAUUAUUAAUUAUUAUUAACAUAUUAAUUAAAAGAAAUCUUAAUUUUAUUAAUUAUUAUUCUUGGAUUUUUUUUAAAGAUAUAUCAAUAAAAAAAAAUACAUUUUCCACACAUAAAAAUAUGGGGAAUUAUAUAACACCAUCUAUUUAUAAUAAAGCAGUUAAUAAUAUGAUAAAAAAGCAUAUUUCGAAUAAACAUGAUACAAUAAGUAAUGCCGAAUAUGAUGCUGAAUAUGAUGUUGAAUAUGAUGUUAAUAAAAGUUUUAAUAAAGAUGGAAUAGCAACAAUAAAUUAUACAAAAGAAGGUGUUGUUAUUUUUGAUGAAUCUAUACCCAAUACAAAUUUACCACAAAAUGAACUUAAACAUGAUAUAGUAGAUAUUUCAAAAAAAAAAAAAAAAAAAAAAAAAAAAAAUAAUAAAAAAAUUACUAUUUUUCUUAAUUCUACAGAAGAAAAAAAUUAUAAUCACUAUUUAAUGGCAACUAAUAAAAAAAACACCAACAAUAAUAAUAAUAAUAAUAAUAAUGCAAAUACGAAUAACAAUUCUGUAAAUUCUACAUCUAAUAUUAACAAUAAUAUUGUAAAUAAUAGUCCUGGUAUAUUAUCCUCACAAUAUGCUAUAAAAAAAAAUUUAAUAACAAACAAAAAUAAAAAUGAGGGAUCAAAAUUUGUUGCAUUCCUAGAUAUAAUUGAGCAAGUGUAUGGAUUUUAUGGUUCAGCAAAAAGACAAAGCCAAGAUGAUAGUAUAAUUGAAGAAGGAAAUAAUGAACAUUCAGAAAUUGUUAUAAAUAAAGAUGAACAUAAUUUAAGUGAGUCAUAUUCUACAGAAGAUAAUGAUUCUAUAGAGAUAAGCCACACACUUAGCAGUAGCAGUAGUAGCAAUAGUAAUAAUAGCGGAUAUAGAGAAAAAUAUAAACAGAGUGAUGAUAAUAAUGAACAAUCUAUAAAUAUAGAUGAACCAUUUGAUGUACAGAAUCUUUAUUAUAAUAAUGCAAUAACAAAUAAAAGUUAUUGUGAUAAUUAUAUAAAUGAAUAUAUAGAUGAUGAAAAAUAUGAAUCUAUUAAUGAUGAAACUUCAUCUAAUUAUAAUUUAAGCACAUCAUCAAGCAAUUCAACAAGUAGUAAUUUUUCAAAUAAAUUAAUAAAAAAUAAUAUAAAAUUAAAUGAAUUAUCUGAUAAUGAAAUGGUAAAUAAUAAUUUAAGUUUCGAUAAUAUUAAUGUCAUGGAUUCUGUUUUAGAUUUUGAAAAUGUUGAUGAGGAUUCAAAUUCUGAUGAUAUAUAUAACCAUCCUACCAAAAAUUGGGAUAAUUCUAAAUGCUUAACAAAUUAUGAUAUACAUGAUAUAUUAAAACAUACGAAAAAAAAAAAAAAAAAAAUAUCAAUACACUCAAAUACUAAUAUACCUCUCAUUUUAGUAUAUUUAGCUAAAAAAAUUAAAAAAAACUUUUAUAAAUAUUCUAUGAAAAAAUCUAAGGAUGAGACCCUUAUUUUACUAAAAGAAUUGAAUCCUGUCGAAAAUGACAUCAACGAUUUGUUUUUAGAAGUUAAUCUCAAUGCUAUAUAUUCCGACCUUUUAAUUAACUAG